AUGAGCGGACGUGGACCAAUUUCAAAACUUAUUGGCGGAGCGGUCGAUUUUACGAAGGAGUAUCGAGCGGACCAAAAAGAACGGAAAGAAGCCCGCGAGAGGAAUGAACAGGCCGGGGGUUCAUCGAACGCGUCUACUAUUCAAAAACACCAAGAUGCACUCGAAGACGAGUCUUCCAGUGACGAUGAGGAGGACUGGGCUAUUGAGCUCGACGAAGCUCAACAGCGCCAACAGCCGGGUCAAUCUCACCAAGCGGACGAUAAUGCCGAUCCUGAGGAGCUUCUGCGACGGUUCAUUGAACAGCACCCACCCCCGCCCUACGAAGCGGGCCAGCAGACUCACCCACUACCCAUGCCCGUCAUCCUCCCACAGCGUCGACCAGAAGCCCGCCACCGCGGUUUCGUGAGAGCCUACGCGCCAGUGCUUAAUGAGUGCGGCAUCGACCAGACAGCGUGGCUGGAGUUUCUCGACGGAUUCGAAAAGAGCAUCAAGUUAAACCCCUGGUUCAAUGUCUUGAACGCAGGGGUGAUGGUUGCCGAUCACGCCCACAUGGCAGUUUCGGGCUUCAGCCCAAUCGCAAUGCUUGUCACCUUCGCAAUCCACACGAGUCUCGAGACUUCACGCAGAACCUACGUGAACUACAGGCAAAACGGAUACCUCGACACCAUGAAUGAGAAAUUCUUCAAGCCUCGCGGGCUGUUUUGUCUCAUUGUGAAGUACAAGCCUUCGAGCACGGAACUUAUCGAGGACAUUGAUCUCGAACACAACAUCGCAAAGGCUGUCGAUGACAGAGAUGGGCAGAGCAAGUGGAAAAACGCCGUGCGCUCAGCCUCCACGACGACAAAGAGCGAGGUAGAGAUCCCAGAACCGGCACCUCUUGUUUUUCCGCAGCUGGAUGCUCUAGACGAGGGGAAAAAGCAGAACGCAGUCAAGGAAUUCGGGCAGUUCGUGUCCACGUAUUUCGAUCGCAGGGCUGCCUCCCACUUCCAGGCCCAGCACCCCGAUUCCAAGAUUCCGCAAGCCCCACAACUGCAGCAAAGCAUCCCGAGCACUUCGUCAAGUAGUGGGGGACUCCUCUCAAUGGCAACGGGUGGGAAAGUUGUUGGGCCUAUUGGCCGCAUUCAGCAAAGGCGUAACGACCGCCGUGAGGAGUUGGGCAUCGAUCGCAAGGUAGGAAGGCAGGCCAGAAGGGAAAGGAGAAGAGAGCGAAAGAAGAACAGGCCGUUGAAGAAGAUGAUGAAACAGGACGCCCUCUACUUGAUGGUAGUGAAUCUACCUACCCAAGAAGAGAUGGAUGCAGUGGCGGCCCUUAGGCAAAAGUGA